CCACCUAUAAGCACAGAUGAAGAAAAAGUAACUCGCGGACUUCUCAAGUCUCGACCAAGUUUAGUUAGCUCAAGUUGUUGCCGGUGUCAGACAAAUCUCAGCGACAGAAUUUUCGUUUUAGAAUCCUCAACUUGACUGACGUCGUCUUUGGUGUGCCAAGCAACGGGAAGUAUUUUGUUUUAAUACGAUGGCUUGCGAAGGAAAUGGUAUAUCGGAUCAGAGGAUCGGAGAAGCACUGAUAAAGGAGGUUAUAGAGGAAGAGCUUAGGGAUGUGCCCGCAGAAGAUAUCCCUCCUCUCACUCCACUGGCUGUGGAAAUAGAAAGUACUCAGGAGAAGAAGCUUGUGACCCAGUUGAGCAAAAUGAUCCGAAUCGUUGGUGACAAGGUGCAACAUGACAAGGAGUUCCAGGAUGCAAUUGAUGGUUUAACCUAUGUGGAUGGAUCCAUGUGGGAAAAUUUCAAGAAAGUGGCCAAUAAGGUCAUUGAACAAGGCAUUACUUGGGAGAGCAUAGCUGUGCUCUUCUAUGUAGCAGGGAAGCUAGCACUCAAGAUGGUGGAGGCUCAUCUGCCACAGUCAGUGAAGGAGAUCCUGAUUUGGACAGUGGAUUACUUUCGGACGAACCUACUCGGCUGGAUUCGGGAACAUGGUGGAUGGAUCAACAGUUUCUCUGAGUUGGCAACAACCUCCAUGCAGAACGUGGGAUUUAACCGUCAACGCUAUAGCGUGGUCCUCAUAUUCUGCAGUGGCCUCCUCAUAGGAAGUUUCUUCACCUGGAGGAUGAGCAGAGGCUCUUGAAAACCCUGCUAUCAAUUUGCCACUAUUCCCAGAACGUGUGAGUUUUUUUGGGUUUUUUAUUUGUUUGUAAACAUUUCGACACCACUAUCAAAUACGGUACAUGGGUAUUUUCAUACUUGAAUUGAUACAGUAUUUUAUCAAUAUUUUGAGAAUUUUACCCCAAAAAAAUUACAGCCAUUAUUUGUUUGAUAUUGAUAUAUAUUUGUCCCCUCCUGUGUACAAUUGAAAUGAAUGAUCAAUCAGUUCCGUUGUUUGUUAAAAAUUAUUGACAGUUAAUAUAAAAUGGACGCUCCACUGUUCGAAUGCUGGUGUUUGGUAUAAUUUUCUGAUUAAAUCUCAGAGAAAUAGAAACCAGAGGAAUGAUAGAAUUAGGCGUUUGUUGUCAUAAUAGCGUCCACCAGAUGCCAGCAGAGGGAAAGAUCCAGAUUUUUUUUGCUUCUAUUUGCAGCUUGCUUCCAUUUAUGAAUACAUACUGAAUACAUAUAUUCAGUCAUUCAUCUUCCAAAAUGCUUAUGACAUGCUUUAUUCAUCUGGUAACGGACAUCUCUGAGACAAGUUUCCUUUUUUGUAUUUUUAAGUUCUUUAUUUUGAUAUUUACUGUUUAUUCGCCACCGCUGAACCUGCUAUUAAAUUCUUAUAUUGA